AUGGGCGCCCACCCCGCCUACCCUGCCUACCCGUACCCCGGCUAUGGCAUGCCAGGCAUGCCGCCCAUGCCCCAUCCCUACCAGGGAUACUCGCCUCCCCCUCCAGACGAGCGACACCACGCUCGGCCCAAGCAGCGAGCUGUCGUCGUCCAUGCGCCCCCGCCGCCCCCACCCCCGCCCCCGCCCCCGCCUCCAGACACAACCAGGGAGGAUGCUAUGCUGAAGAAGCUGAACGACCUGCUGCUCGGCAAGGCUGAAGAGGAGGCACGCAAAGAGGCAGAGGCGAGGAAAGCCGCAGAGCUCGCCAAGUUCGACCGGCUCGAGAGCCUGCUCAUCGCGCAGCAGGAGGCCCAGAUUGCAAAGAACAAGGCCAAGACGCAGGCCGCCGCCGACGCCGCCAGCGCCGCCGCCGAAGCCAAGAAGCGCGGCGACGAAGACAAGCUCGCCAAGCUCGAGAAGCUCAUCUUGGCGCAAAAGGACGAGCAGCUCAAGCGAGAGGCGGCCGCAGACGCCGCCCGCAAGGCCGCAGCCGAGGCCGCCGACGCGGAAGCCAAGAAGAUCGCCGAGGAGAAGAAGGCCGCAGCCGAGGCCGCGAAGCUGCUGCUCGAUGCAGCCCAGAAGGCGCGCGAGGAGGCCGAGAAAAAGGCCGCCGCAGAGGCCGAGGAGACCAAAAAGGCCCACGACAAGGCUCUCGCCGAGGCCAAGGCUGCUGCCGACGAGCUGGAGAAGGCGAAGAAGGCCGCCGAGGAAGAAGCGGCCAAGCUGAAGCCCUCGGACGCUCCCAAGGCGCCCAUCAAGUUCAAGGACGCCGUGGGCCGCAAGUUCAGCUUCCCCUGGCACAUUUGCAAGACGUGGAAGGGGAUGGAGGAGCUCAUCAAGCAGGCCUUUAUGCACGUCGACGUCAUCGGUCCUCACGUUCACCAGGGCCACUACGACCUCGUAGGCCCCAACGGCGAGAUCAUCCUGCCCCAGGUCUGGGAGACCAUGAUCCAGCCCGACUGGGACAUCACCAUGCACAUGUGGCCCAUGCCCGAGCCGCCACCCGAGCCACCCAAGGAGGCGCUUCCCCCGCCCCCGCCGCUCGACCACCAGCAGUUCAUGAUGAGCCACCCUGCGAUCCGUCCUUCCAAGGCGAAGAAGUCGAGCAGCAAGAAAGUUCCCCGGGUCAUGCCCGACCCCAUGGUGGUCAACGUGCCCCCGCCCCCGCCUGGCAUGGUUCCAGGGGGCCCCCACCACCCCGCCCGCCCCGGCGGUGCUCCCCCCCGGGUGUUGUCGUGA